UAAGCAGCCUUGUGUUCUUUGUUGUAAGGUCAGUUUUGUUUGUGUUGAGUUAGAGUUCAGUUGACCUCAGUUAACUUGGGCCCAAAUUUGUUAUUUAUCCUUUGAUUUAUUCUUACGUUAAGUUUUUGUUUUGUUUACUAUUUUUGGGAGAAUUAAAUUGAAUUCUUUCCUACUCUGAACAUUUUUUUGUCCUUGUUUGAGUCCGGUCCCUCACAGUUGGUGUCAGGAGUGGGAUCAUUUUUUUUCUCUGAGAAGAAAAGUUUCCAAAAUGCCUGGAAGGGGAAGAGGACGGACAAGAGGAGGACCCAGUUCUGAGCUGGAUGAAAGAGAGGCUGUUGAGGAAGGUGGAGCUGUUGGUGGAGUGUUUGACAUGGAAGAGGAAAGGAGUGAACCAACAAUAGCAGACUUGGCCAACCUUCUCAGAGCCCACAUUGGACAUCAGAAGGCCAAAGAGGAUCACUGGACCAAAGAAAAUGCUAAGCAACAACAGAAGUUUGAGGAACUAGAACAACAGUUUAGAUUGUUUAAAAGGGAGAGCCAACCUGAGACCACUCCCGCUGCUCCACAGACCUCACCAGUCCGGCCUACACAACCACCAGAUCCUGGAGUGGCAGCUUCACCUCAACACAGUCAAUCAGGUGACCUAUAUUCACAGUCAUACGUUUCUCAUGCACCUAAGUUACAAAAAUUGAGUGAAGAAGAUGACAUUGAACAUUUUCUCAUUACUUUUGAAAGAAUAGCUUCUGCCUGCAGGUGGCCGAGAACUGACUGGGCUUUCCAUUUAAUACCUCUGCUAACAGGCAAAGCUAGAAGUGCCUUUGUGCACAUGGAUGUUGAUUUGUCCAUGAACUAUGAUCAAGUUAAACUAGCUGUGUUGCAGAAAUAUGACAUUAACAGUGAAACCUACAGGCAAAGAUUCCGCUUGCUUCAGGUGGAGCCAGAAGAAACUCCCAAGGAGCUCUACAUAAGGCUGAAGGAGCUGUAUGUCAAGUGGGUGCAACCUAAUGGUAAAACUGUUGAACAAAUCAAUGAAAUAAUGAUUCUUGAACAAUAUCUAAGAAUGUUGUCACCAGAACUUCAGAUUUGGAUAAAAGAACAUAAUCCAAAGACUGCAAAGGAGGCUGCUGAACUGGCUGAUGUGUUUGUGGCUGCGAGGAGGAAGAACUCGUGGGCUUUUCAAAGCUGGAAAAAGGAUAGCCGCCAACAAUCUUCAACCCAACCAGUUUCAGCUGUGGAUGAGGGAGAAGUUGGAGAAGAUGACAAUCCUGGCCCAGGAGCACAUGAAGACUUCGCAACGCAAACAGAAGACCUGGUAUGACUCUGCAGCCCGGGAGAGAGGGUUCGAGCCAGGCCAAAAAGUGCUUGUUAUGCUGCCUUCAGAAGAGAGCAAGCUACUGGCCAAGUGGCAA